AUGUGUCUCAAGUCAAGAGCCGACCUGGCGUCCCCAGGGACCCUCGAUUACCAGCUUGUGUUUGACCAAUUUUACAGACCAAGGAUCAUCAUGGCCAGCACCAAAGAGAACAACACCAACCCAUUCAUGGGUCCUGGUCUCAGCCUCAGAACAAGGCCGGCCAACACCACCAACGCCCUCAGCCUGCGCGAUGGCAAUGGCACCCUCGCUGAGACCACCAACAACUCGCAGCCCGCCGCCACCCACGACGGCGUUGCCGAUCUCGUCACCGGCAGCUGUUCGACCUGUGGUUCUGCCCAGCACGACACGGCCAGGUGCGACAGCAGGGACCCUCCCCCGGAGCUCACCAUGAGCGGCGCGCUUCAGCGCGACCCGGAGGGCGCCGCCGCCGGGGACACUCGCGAUGCGGACGAGUGGCGUGCCCAGGCCUUCAUUUUUGGGCUGGUGAAUGCCCAGCACAGCCUUGAGAAGGCGGCGCCUGGCCAGGGUACCAGACGGCGGAACUCGAUGUAG